ACGCGGAGGUGGGAUUUUAGCUACCGUCCAUCUUCAGCUACAUUACAGUGAGCGAGCUUGUCGAAAAGAAAACACAAUUUGGAAGUAAAGAAGACUUUUUGGAAUUAGUUCUGGCUGUAUUUGAAAAAAGACAAACGAAAGCCCAUACCCUAGCUAACUUUGUGACAGACGGAAUGUGGACAUUGUCGUAGUCAGAGCCAUGGCUGACAAGAGAAAACUACAAGGUGAGAUCGAUAGAUGUUUGAAAAAAGUAGCUGAGGGUGUAGAACAGUUUGAAGACAUCUGGCAAAAGCUCCACAAUGCAGCCAAUGCAAACCAGAAGGAAAAGUAUGAGGCUGACCUCAAGAAAGAGAUUAAAAAACUACAGCGAUUGAGAGAUCAAAUAAAAACAUGGGUGGCCUCAAACGAGAUCAAAGACAAAAGGCAGCUAGUCGAGAAUCGCAAGCUUAUAGAGACGCAAAUGGAGCGGUUCAAGGUGGUGGAACGGGAAACAAAAACAAAAGCUUACUCUAAAGAAGGCUUGGGGCUCGCUCAGAAAGUGGAUCCAGCUCAGAGGGAAAAGGAGGAAACGGGACAGUGGCUAACAAAUACAAUAGACACUCUAAAUAUGCAGGUGGAUCAGUUUGAAAGUGAGGUGGAGUCUCUUUCAGUUCAGACGAGAAAGAAGAAGGGUGAUAAAGACAAGCAAGAUCGUAUUGAAGAGCUCAAGCGGUUGAUUGAAAGGCAUAGAUUCCACAUUCGUAUGUUGGAGACCAUUUUACGAAUGCUUGACAAUGACUCAAUACCAGUGGAUUCAAUCCAGAAGAUCAAGGAUGAUGUUGAAUACUACAUUGAUUCCUCCCAAGACCCGGACUUUGAGGAGAACGAGUUCCUGUAUGACGACUUAGACCUGGAAGACAUCCCUACAGCAUUAGUUGCGACUUCUCCGUCAGGUCAGGGCAAUGUGGAAGAUGAGAUGUAUCUCCACUCCAGCAGCACUCCAACUUCCACCACCUCCUCUUCACCCAUUCCUCCAUCCCCGGCCACUUGCACUGCUGAGAACUCAGAGGACGAUAAGAAAAGGGGACGGUCGACAGACAGUGAAGUUAGUCAGUCACCUGUGAAGAACGGCACCCCAUCCUUGCUAUCUUCCUUCUCUUCCUCCUCCACCACCUCUGGGUCCUCGUCGUCGUCCUCCCUUGUGUCCAUGGCGAGCGUAGUCGGAGGUAUUUCUGCGAUUCCCACAAGCAGCAGUCUUAUAGGGAGCUUCAGCAGUGCAGUGCAGCAACAUCAGCAUCAACCUGCGCAGCAGCAACAACCUCAGCCAGCCAACCAACCGCAGCAGCAGCAGCAGCAGCAGCAGCAGCCGCCACCUCAGACAAAACCCUCAGUCCCCUCAAACACCCCCAGCCCGCCCAGCAACCCUCUACUCCCAGCCUCAACUGCCCCCCCUCUCCCCACACCCAGCACACCCAUUUCAUCAGCUUCCAACUCUCAGCCCACAUCUGGGCCCUCCCCAGCAUCCAGUUUAGGACUCGGGCUGGGGCUGGGAUUGAGCAAAAUUGGCAUGACGGGGACCAGCAGUGCCAAUCAACAAAUGCCUGGUUUAGGCCUGGGGGGUCACCCCUCUCCUUUAAACACAAUGGCAGGGCUCAUUUCAGGCUCAACACCUGCCCCUUACGCUCAGGCAGCAGCAUCAGGAGCCUUGGGUUUGAGCAGCACCACCCAGUCCAGUAUUUCAGUGGAGAGCAGCACUUCCAUCCCCACCUCUGGCUCCAGUGGAGUCACCACCAACGGGGCGGGGACAGGGCUCGGUUUGCUGGGUUCCAGCCCGGCCCACAACUCUUUGAGCGGGAGCAUUUUGAGUCUAGUUCCUGGGCAAAAUGUAGCCCCCAGUGCCUCUCAGGUGCCCCCAAGUUCUGUCAGCACUACUCCUGGAGUAGUUGGCCUGAUGGGAGGCAAUGGAGGGAAUGUCAGCGUGGUUGGAGGAGUAGGGGUGAAUGCGGCUCCUGCUAGACCACCCAGCGGACUUAAGCAAAAUGGAAGCACAAGUUACAGUGCUGUAGUGGCAGAGAGCUCCACAGAAUCAGCUCUAAGCACACCGAGCCAGUCACAAAGCAGCCAGCCUUCAUCUCUCAGUUCUUCAACCAGUCAGCCGAUGGACAAUGGUCCCAGUUUAAUCAGCUCCAUCACCCUGCCUCCCAGCUCUCCGUCCCCCUCAUUCUCAGACAGCACACCCGGAGGAGGCAGUCUUCUCAACGGGCCCCACUCCUACACACAGGCCUCUGAGGCCCUCAAGGCCCCUGAGCCACUCAGUUCUCUGAAGGCGAUGGCUGAGAGAGCAGCGCUGGGAUCAGGCCUGGAUGGAGAAAUUCCCAACCUGCACCUAACAGACAGAGGUCGGAACGAUAUCUUCUCUGGAUCAUCUGCAGCGCCCGGCACACCCGCCGCCCCUCAGCCGUCCGUGUCGGAAGUCAGCAUUCCCCCUUCGCUCGGGGUCUGUCCACUUGGCCCCACCCCUCUCCCCAAAGACCAGCUCUACCAGCAGGCCAUGCAGGAGUCCGCGUGGACACACAUGCCACACCCCUCCGACUCUGAGAGGAUCAGGCAAUACCUGAUGAGGAAUCCGUGUCCCACCUUGCCCUUCCAUCAUCAGAUACCGCCGCACCACUCGGACUCCAUAGAGUUCUACCAGAGACUGUCCACAGAAACACUCUUUUUCAUUUUCUACUACCUGGAGGGCACCAAGGCUCAGUAUCUGUCUGCCAAGGCUUUGAAGAAACAGUCGUGGAGGUUUCACACCAAGUACAUGAUGUGGUUCCAGAGGCACGAAGAGCCCAAGACUAUCACUGACGAGUUUGAACAGGGCACUUACAUUUACUUUGACUAUGAGAAAUGGGGCCAGAGGAAGAAGGAGGGGUUCACCUUCGAGUACAGGUACCUCGAAGACAGAGACCUGCAGUGACGGACAGAGGGACAUGAAAAAGGACAGAGACACAAAACGUGCUGCUGUUGACAUUCCGAGACUGAACUUCAAACUGUGGAUAGAGAUUGUGAUGUGUAGUAGAAAUCCUCUCCUAAAAUGGAGACUGGUGUCUGUAUAGGCUGCAUCUCAACGUGAAGCCCUUGCUUCUCGUGUAGCACUUUGCUUUUGACAAAAAUGCCCCAUGGGCCUGAUCAAAUGCGUCGCGCUGCACGAGCUGGGAGGGUUCUCACUAGGGAUCUGCGUUUGUGCCUGUCUGUGUGCACACUCAGUAUGUGGCAUUAGGAAAGCCUACCCCAUGCAUGUUUCUCAUGUUUUGUUUUCUUUUUCCGUUUCAACAAAAUUCUCUGUACCACCUACCCAACAUGAGCCUGGAAGACUUUGACUUGACACAAAACAAACCUUGGAUUUGAUUGUCGAGUAAAACUGCCCAUCUUGUAUUUACUGUAAUUUGGUGGUUUCGAAUGGGGAGGUACAGUGGACAUUUAGUCAUGGUGUGUAGGACUGGCUUCUUUUAAGACCCUACGAUGCCUGUUGAAUAUGGUCACUAUUAGAGAUAGUGAGCGGUUAUCAAUAGUUUUAUUGAUAUUGUCUUGGUCGAUAAAAACGCUGAUUGAGAGUGACCACAGGGCCUCUCCCUGUGACAGGGAAAGAGUCCUUAUUGGACAUGGAUUAAAUUGCUAUGCAAUUGAACUGGUCUCUGACUCCCUCUUUACAAAUAAAAUGUUUUUAAGU